AACGGGACUUGUGCUCUGCCUCUAGACUAGACCGAGCGUCUCUCUCGUUAGUGUCGGUACUUACAUACUCCGUUGUGUUUUGUCGAUUUUGGCGGGCCGAAUCUUUCUAACGGCACCUCGUGCCUCGAUUGUAUCUCCUGUCUCUACGAAUUUCGGAGGGAUAAAUGAUGACGGACAAGGACGGCGAGGGUUUUGACGAUGCAGUAGAAGAACGUAUUAUUAAUGAGGAAUACAAAAUAUGGAAGAAAAACACACCAUUCCUAUACGAUCUUGUGAUGACACAUGCUCUGGAAUGGCCUUCUUUGACGGCUCAAUGGCUACCAGAUGUUACUCGACCUGAAGGAAAGGAUUAUUCGGUUCAUAGAUUAAUUCUCGGCACUCAUACUUCGGAUGAACAGAAUCACUUGCUCAUUGCUAGUGUCCAACUACCGAAUGAAGAUGCGCAAUUCGAUGCUUCUCAUUAUGACAAUGAGAAGGGCGAGUUUGGUGGAUUUGGUUCUGUGAGCGGGAAAAUCGAAAUUGAAAUAAAGAUUAAUCAUGAGGGUGAAGUCAACAGAGCGCGAUACAUGCCGCAAAAUCCAUGUGUAAUUGCAACAAAGACUCCCUCAAGCGAUGUACUUGUAUUCGAUUACACCAAACAUCCAAGUAAACCAGAUCCUAAUGGAGAAUGCCAUCCAGAUUUAAGAUUGCGAGGGCAUCAAAAGGAAGGCUAUGGUCUCUCAUGGAAUCCAAACCUCAAUGGAUAUUUACUCAGUGCAUCUGAUGAUCAUACUAUUUGUCUGUGGGACAUUAAUGCCACACCAAAGGAGAAUCGCGUUAUCGAUGCGAAAACUAUCUUCACAGGACACACAGCAGUGGUCGAGGACGUAGCUUGGCAUUUAUUACAUGAAUCAUUAUUUGGUUCAGUUGCUGAUGAUCAGAAGCUCAUGAUUUGGGAUACUAGAUGCAACAACACUAGUAAACCAAGCCACACUGUUGAUGCUCAUACCGCUGAGGUGAAUUGUCUUAGUUUCAAUCCAUAUUCUGAAUUUAUAUUAGCCACUGGUAGUGCAGACAAAACUGUAGCAUUGUGGGACUUGCGGAAUUUAAAAUUGAAAUUACAUUCGUUUGAAUCACACAAAGAUGAGAUCUUUCAAGUUCAAUGGUCGCCACAUAACGAGACAAUAUUGGCAAGUAGUGGCACAGACAGACGAUUACAUGUUUGGGAUCUUAGUAAAAUCGGUGAAGAACAAUCCAGUGAGGAUGCUGAAGAUGGACCGCCUGAACUUCUGUUCAUACAUGGAGGUCAUACUGCAAAGAUUAGUGAUUUUUCAUGGAAUCCAAAUGAACCAUGGGUUAUAUGCUCGGUAUCGGAGGAUAACAUAAUGCAAGUAUGGCAAAUGGCAGAAAAUAUUUACAACGACGAAGAACCUGAAACACCGGGCAGCGAAAUCGAAACUGGUGGUUCAUAACGUGGAAUGUAAUUUACGUUGUUUCGAACCAUUCUUGUCGAUUGAGGAUUAUAAGCGCAGCUACAAUUGCGCGUCAUGUUGUUAAAUCUUUUGGUCUAACAACUGAUCCUGAUGAUACAACACAGAUUUCUUUCCAUUGAGAAAUAAUAAUCCUCGCUUAUAAUUGAUAUGUAAACUACUUGAAAAAUGUUGUAAUUAAGAAAGAAAAAUAUCACCGUAUUUUCGAAAGAUUCGUGAAUGCAUUUUGAAUAGAUAGCAUAAUAAAUUAUUGACAUUUUAUCGCAUUUGAUUAAACGAAUUUAUAUUUCCUCGAAUGACAAUUACGAAUAGCGAGUAUUAUUGUUUCGCAGUGACGACUUGGCUAUGUUAUAAAUAAUAAAAUAAACUAGCUAAAAACAACUGUUAGUUACAUCCAUUGCGAAUCAUCUUUUUGUAUGAAGGCACUAUUUCUUUGUCACAGAGGAAGAAGCUCAAAUAAGAUUAAGACAUGCCAAGUACUUUUUCUACUUCGUUUUAAGCGUGAAUAAUAAAGAAAUAACCCAAACUUGAAUGAUCAACUUAGUUCAACUUGCGCUUUUCCUAAUUUCCUUUAUUAUCAUUUCC